AUGGAGGCUUUCAGUGCGUCCUUGCAUCGGACGACCACUAAAGUGGCGGACGAGAUGCUCUGCUUUGCUAGUCUCAUUAGGUGGGAUACCUCUUUGUUGAAGGGUAUCCCGUUCGAAGACCACUUGCAUGUGUUUCUGUCGACGGAAUUGCGGCUCCCGCAGGGAAUGCUGUUUCUCGCUAGGCCGAGGAUGCGGCAGCCAGGUUGGCGUUGGGCUGUUAAUCGGUUCGGGGAUAAUGGUGCAAUACGAUUGAAUGCUAAAUUCGACGAUAUGACUCCUGGGAUUGUCAGUGAGAAUGGAUUUAUCGUGGAAUUCCCGGGACUUGGUUUGCCGGUGGACUGUACCAGGGAGCAAACUCAAAAAUUGGUUGUGGUUGCUGAUGAUGAACAUGGGGGUGUGGCUAAAUAUGAGAUCACGCGACACGAUGAAGGUCUCAGCGGCCGAUUGGAGGAGUUUGAGUCUGGUCCUGAGAAAUUUCUGCAUGAUCGACUCUAUAUUAUCUUCUGGUAUGCUAUAAGGGCUUUGGCCCCUAGAACACCUAUGCCGGCUGCAAUCAUUUCUGGUCCUUCCGAUGAGAGCCUUGUGAAGGGGGAAUUGGUGUACCAGUUCGAGUCUCUCGCAUACGUGGAGGUGUUGGAAAAAACGGUGGAGGGGCAUCUGCAGGGGACAUUAGAUCCGGUGGUUCAGCUCACCCGAAAGAAAUGGACACUGGGAUAG